UUAUUUAUUAGUAAUUUAUUGAAACUUGAAAGGAAAAACCGUGAAAAUAAGUUUACCCAUCGAAUAAAAAGGAGAAGAAAAAACUCUUUAAUUUUGGAGUCCCACAAAUAAAGGGAAAAAAAAAAAUCCGAAAAAGAAGAAGGGACAAACCGAAAAAACUUUAUGAUUUAACCCAAUGACUCUUCACUUGAAUCCUCUAGUUUUUCGCAUAUACAAGUUCCUAAACCUAUAUUUUCAACGAAGUUAAUAACUGACGACGUCCAAGAUUUAUCAAGGAGGAGUUUUUGCAUUAUCAUCAACUCUCGGAUAAAGAUAUCGCGGAUCCCGAGCUAGAUCCGUUUUUCAUAUCAUCUUCGGAGCCAGCUGAAUAGUGUUCAAAUUUUGCAAUGUAUACUCCAAGGUUUGGCAUUUUGCAAUUAUCGACUCUCAUGGGGAUAUCUGGUUUUACCUCAACAGGCCUCAAACUCUUCGCCCGCCAGCAGCCCAAAAGAUCAGUUCAGUACUGCUGCAGAGGAUCCAAGAAGAGCCCUAAGAUGGCAUUAUCAAAUUAGGGGGUGUAAAAGCUGGAGACUGCCUUUCCUCAGAUCAGAUGAAGAGCAUCAGAUUUGCGACAUGCGUGUGCUUUGGUACCUCUUUCCGUGGAGGAAGCUGCCGGUGACUUCAGUAGCAUUGCUCCAAGGGCAGUUUCGGUAGAAAACAUUCUAUUGCUAUCAUAAAUGACUGUCGGACAGAGAUAUUACCGAUUCUGAGGUACAUUUGUUGUUUGUAUCUUCUCCAAAGCCAGCUGAACAGUGGUCAAAGCCUGCAAUGUUUGGUUCAAGGUGUGGCUUUUUGCAACUGUGGGCUCUCAUAGGGAUUACUGGUUCUACCUCAGGAGAAAUCGCGAUGAAGUGGUAGAGAGUAAAGGGAACAGAACCUGAUAGCUGAAGCCUGGAGGCAAUGACCAAUGGGCUGGCAAUAAUGGGUUGUGGGCUCUAUUCAAUGACCAUCUUGAAUGCUUGAAUGAAUAGACCCUAAAUUUAAUGACCAACUUGACUGAUUGUAACACUUUCAAGUAUUUCUAGUUUUUUUUCUAGAGAAGUUUCUGGGCGGACCCAUUUCUUUCUCACUCCUUUCAGUUUUGUGGACCCCACUACUUUUUUGACCUAAAGUUCCCAUACCCUUUUCAUGUCAUCAAACUUUCAAUUUUCAAACACUAUGGGGCUCUGCCCACAAUUUUUGAAUCCCAACCCCCAACAAUAUAGCCUCUAUAAAAGGGCUGUUGGACUCUGUGCCUAUUGUCUAUCGCACUCACACAUACUCUCAUACCCAUCUAUUCUGCUGGCUUUGUUGUUCAUAGGAUGUCUCAGGGAAGAGGAAGUGCAAUCCUUGCCGCAACAAUGGUGCUAUGCCUGAUAUUGGUGCAUCACUGCGUGUUGUCUCAGGCAGCUACCCAUACGGUCGGUGGUGCCAGCGGUUGGAGCUUUAAUGUGGUUGGCUGGCCCAAGGGCAAGCACUUCAUGGCUGGUGAUACACUUGUAUUUAACUACAACCCAGCACUACACAAUGUAGUUGUUGUAGACAAAGCAGGUUUCAGCUCUUGCAAGGCCCCAGGUGGUGCUAAAGUGUACAAUACUGGGAAAGAUCGCGUCAAGCUUGUGAAGGGGCAGAACUUCUUCAUCUGCAGUUUUCCAGGGCAUUGUGGUCCUGGAAAUAUGAAAAUAGCCAUUAAUGCAAUGUAAUAUGGGAUUACAGACUUGGGUUUCCAUCUGUAUUGUAGUCCUAGAAUAACAGAGACCGUACUAAUGAGCAAUAUAUAUCACAUUAAAUAUAUAAGUUGUUUAUCAGUUAUUACA